AUGGAUAAGUCAAAGUCUAAUAUUUAUAUGGAUCAGUCAAAAUCUAAUACUUAUAUGGAAUACCUCUACAAUUUAGAGGAACUCUACUGGAAAGAUAAAUCUAGGGAGGUUUGGCUCAUGAACGGUCUGGUUGAAGGCAUAAAAGUGUGUAAAAAUGCUCCUGUUAUGACACACCUUUUAUUUGCUGAUGAUUCCUUACUCUUCUAUAAGGCUACUAUUAAAGAUUUCCAGACUAUCAAAGAGUACCUCCAAAAGUACUGCUUGGCCUCUGGCCAAGAAAACAAUUUUGACAAGUCUGGGAUUCUGUUUAGCAAAAAAAUCCCUAAACAUCUUAAACAACAACUUUCUAAUAUCCUUGAUAUAAGUAACAGAGACUUCGGAGAAAAAUAUCUGGGUACACCAACUGUGUUCCAGGCUUCAAAAAUACAAACCCUUAUGGGUAUUCUCCAAGCAGUUGAUGCUAGAAUUUCUAUUUGGCUUCAUAAGCUUCUGUCUCAGGCUGCUAGAACUACUUUGAUUAAACAUAUUAGCCAGGUUAUCCCCCUUUACCAAAUGGAUGCUUUCCUUAUUCCCAAACAUCUAUGCAGAAAAAUGGAUUCCCACCUAUGUAAGUUCUGGUGGGUGGAAACCCUUGACCCUAAAGAUAGGAAAUUACAUCUUUUGGGGCGGGAUAUCCUUUGCUCUCCUAAGUCUGAAGGAGGCCUUGGUUUCAGGAAAGCUAAACUCAAUAAUCUAGCCAUGUUAACUAGAAAUGUUUGGAGGAUUAUUGAAAAUCCCCACUGUCUGUUAGUCAUUGUACUUAAAGCUAGAUACUUCCCUAGAACUGAUUUCUUAAAUGCUAAGUGUCCUAAUAAAUGUUCUUGGACUUGGAAGUGUCUUCAUGCUAUAAAGGAACUAAUUAAUCCUUUUAUCACCUGGAUUGUGGGAGAUGGUCAAUUUAUUGACCCUUGGUGUGACAAAUGGAUUCCCUCUUUGGGUUCUGCUUCUCCUAAUCCUCUUGUUCCUCCUGACCCUAAUAUUAAAGUUUCUUACUUUAUUAAUCCUAUUACUAGAUCUUGGGAUGUUAAUAGAUUAAAUACCCACUUUGAUGAUGCUUCUGUUGAGAAGAUUGUCACCAUUCCCUUAAGCCAGAUAUGCACUCAUGAUAAGAGGGCUUGGGAUCUUUCAAAGAAUGGUAGAUUUACCUCUAAAGUGGGACUUCGGGGGCUUAGGCCUUCCCCUUGUAGUGCUCUUUGGAAGAAACCUAGUCCCAUUAUCUCCCAUAAUAUUUUUGUUGGUUACUAUGACAAAUGGAUGCCCCCGCCUACUAGUUGGAUAAAAUGUAAUACUGAUGGAGCUUAUGAUGAUAUUUCUGAGAAUAAUGGUGCAGGCUAUGUGAUGAGGGACUUCUCAAACAUUGCUUCCUUUUGUGGGUCUAUAGUUUUUGAAGUAAAGUUUGUUGAAGAAGCUGAAGCCAGAGCUAUUUGGGCAGCCUUGAAAAAAGCUGUGGAGCAAAAGCUUACUCAUAUUAUCAUAGAAAGUGAGUUCAGAAUCUUAUCAGAAGUGGUAGUAAAAACAUACCCUUUUGUUUCACCAUUAUAUAUUGCACACUGA